UCCAGAUCUCAGAUCUGCAAGGCUACCAAGAUUAACAGCAUGCUUCGUGCAGUAUUACGUCGUUGCGGCCGACAAUAUCAGCCAUGCUUUUCGAAUACUUAUCGCUUCAUGGCCACUCAACCAGUUCCGCGAAAACCCCAGCCGCGCGGUACAACGCCGAGACCGUCCGACAUUCCUCCGACCCCUCACCCACAUUUUACAGGACCUAGUCCCCGUACCUUCCGUAUCAUCACCUUCAUUCUUGGCGCCGGAGUAGGCGUCUGUUUGUUUACAUUUUCGGUUCAUACUGAAGCGGAAGCAAAGUCAGAAAGGCCUCAAAUUCCUGGGGGUGUUACACCUGUAUCGGUAGAACAGAAAGACCAAGUCUCGGACGCUAGAAAGCAUCUGGGAGUUUAUGUUUGGGGUACUGACUCUGCCUCUGAGACGAAACACUCCUCAGCAAAGAACAUUCGCUUUUUUGCUGGUAAAGUUUUCAGGGACCUAGUACUUGGCGACACCUAUGCAGCCGCGAUCGACUUGGAUGGAAAUUUGUGGCAAUGGCAUUCAAACUCUCCUGCACCUCUUACCGCUGACGGCCUGUCCUCCCUACCACAAGUCACCUUGAAAGGUCAGGACCUUGUGCAGGCGGCAUGCACCAAUAACAAGGUCUAUGCAUUAUCGCGAUCUGGAGAGGUCUUCUGCUUCAGUGGCAACGGGAGCGGGAGUGCAGACGGCGUUUCAUCUGAUCAGGCACAGACUACUUCACGAGGAUGGUGGCCGCUCAAGGCAUCUGCUCCUAGCAUAACGAAACUCACAUUGCCGUCAGAAGUAUCCAGAGGCGAUAAAAUCACAUCCCUUGCCUCUGGUGCACAUCAUCUCGUGGCAAUCACAAGUCGCGGCAAAGUUCUCACCAUACCAUCCGACAUCAAGGGCAAUCAAUAUGGGCAGCUUGGCCUUGAGCAUGCGGACCUACCAACUGCUCUGUUGAAGGAGAAUGAUGAACAUCCUGAUUGGGCAGUGAAAUUCAAUCUCGUGUCGAAACUGGACGACAUGGCUUUCGACCGAGCUGCGUGCGGAGAGAAUCACACACUCGUGAGGACGAAAGAUGGACGAGUCUUUGCAUUCGGAGCCAAUGGCUUCGGGCAAUUGGCAUCCGAACCUGAUUACAACAGUAAGGAACCUUACCUGGCGGUACCCCGGGAGGUAGAUGCAAUCUGGAAUCCGCCUAACAGAGGUGCAAAGCCUCUAGAUGCCGCAUGCACAGACAUCGCCGCAGGAGGCAACACAUCCUUUUUCGUGGUGAAUCGUGUCGAGUCCACCGACGUCCUUGCGUGCGGAACAGGACUUCAUGGACAACUUGGGAAUGGAUCAUACUCGCACAUGACAGCAAAUCCCGUGCGCAUCAAGACGCUAUCAAACCUUUCCGAAUAUGAUGAAAUCGCUCGCCGUAUUCGACCCAUCGGAAUUUAUGCGAUCGCCGUUAGCCCAAAUGGAUCACAUUGCGCUGCGGUAUUAGACAACGGUACUGGGGACGACACGACAAAGUCUCCGCGGAGUUGGUUCGGUAGUAAGCCGAGCGUACCGGAACAACCCCAGGAGUAUGGUCGGGAUGUCCUGGUGUGGGGAUGUAACAAAAAUGAGCAAUUAGGCCGUGGUGACGGAAAGAAGUCGAAUAGCGCUGUACCCAUAUAUCCCAAGGCAAUACCAUACAGCCAUCUCGCUGACCCUGUCGAGGAUUUGAAAGAGGCUGCCUUGGGUGUGGUAGAGGAAGAGUUGGGAACUGGCCCCAUCGAGAUGACAGCUGGGUGGGUGUCGGAAAAUGCAGGACGGUUGCAAUUAGCACCAUGCGGUGUUGUUGAGGUUGGAAGUGGAAAGAAGGUUCGAGCGGAACAGAAGAUUGUUGUUGGCAAGUACGCUACAGGAGUGUAUUUCAGAUCAUGUUGAGAUUACGCAAAACGCAUCAUCGCGGCUGUGGCCGACCGUACAUUUGCUAAUAUGCACAUAAGCACUUCCACCAUUGCGAUUUGGACGCUGCAUUGUCAGCACAACCUUGUGAAAAUCGCCUGCUACAUUGUGAGAUUGUAUGCAUAUGACUGCGAAUAUACGUUGCGAAUAUUUAUUGCUAAAUGCGACGAAAAGAGAAUAUACUAAUAGGUAACAUUCCAUGACUGUCAAUACGAAGUGUCUCGUUGGUGCUACCGAUAUGAAAGUAAUAGCUAAGGCUUCCCACUGU